CCCUGGAUUUGGGGGAGGUUGCAUCCAUCAGGAGUCCUGUGAAGAACUUCACCAGAAGGAGAUUGAAUCUUUGACCUGUUUUCACGCAAACUGAGAAGAAGUGACGAGGAUCAUAUCCAAGAGGAAAUGCCAGCCUUGUCCUGUUACGAGUCUUCUGAGGGACAUUCUCCCUUUCCCUGCUCUCUGGAGAUCAUCAUCUCUGGACCCAACGGGCUGAAAAGAGUGGUUCCCGUCUGCCUCGUGAGAGAACCGGGCUCAGAUCGAGGUUCGCAUUCACUGUAUUCACUGCGUCCUAGACGAGUGCAGUGCGAGGAGAAUGACGAGGAGAAUUCCUACAAUGGUUAUCCUGAAUGGAUAAACGAAAUUCUUGACCAGCUGAAAGUCAAAGUGGCGCCUGCUGUUGAACAAAAACAGAUGGGUGUCAGGCUGACCGCAGAGAGCGUCCCCAGACUCAUCCAGGAACCGCCUGAAGGAAGCCGGUCCAGGAUGGGGGCUUUGGAGCGUUUUCCCCUGGAGGAAGAAAGCCCCCUAGAAUUUAAUAAAACAGGAAAUGAAGAUAAAUUGAAGAAUUACCUCACAGAGGUUGAGAAACAGAACGAAUACCUGCAGGACAGGUGCAAAUACCGCUUUCAGAUCAUCCCCGAUGGGAACUGCCUUUACAGGGCGAUGAGUCAGGCUCUCUACGGGGACCAGUCGCGUCACGCCGAGCUGAGGGAGCAGACCGUCUACCAUAUAGCAGACCAUCUGGAGGAGCUGGGACCCACCAUCGAGGGAGACGUCGGUGGCUUCCUCAUCAGCGCCGCCCAGGAUGGGGAGUGGGCCGGUUACACGGAACUGCUAGCUAUCAGUCACCUUCUGGACACCAACAUACACGUCACCACGGGGGGCAGCCCACAGGCACCCACAGUGUCCAGCAUGGUGCAUUGCCUGGGCCCAGAGGACCCAUCCAAGCCGUCCAUCUGGCUGAGCUGGCUGAGCUGCGGUCACUACGACGUGGUGCUGGACAAGCGGCUGGACAACCCAGAGUACGAGGCCUGGUGGAGGCAGAGGCAGCAGCAGCAGCAGGAGGAGGAAACAGUCAAAUCGCUGGCGGAGUCUCUGUCCCAAAUGUACACCGAAUACCAGAGUCACUCUUGACUGGCCCUCUCAAAUCUUUGUCCGUUUUCCGCUCUUUAUGUACACUUGUGACAUAGACAAAGAAGGUUAUUUAUAUAUAAAUUAUUUAUAAAUAAGGCUCUUUAUUUUUCUAUUUCAUGUCUAAUUGCUGUCUUAAUUGUCAUUGUCUGACUUAAAUAAAGUUCAGUUUUCAUAUUAAAAAGUGAAAAUGAAUUUCUGAACUGGUCUGAAUGACACCUGGGACUGGUUGUCAUGCUCGCGUCAGAGGGAGGCGGCGGACCCAAGUGCAGAGCGAUGAUCGUGGUGUCUUCGGGGAAAUC